UAGCUUCAGUUGGUGACUGAAAUUCAGCCCGUGAACAGCUCUUAAAAAUAGCAAAACACAAGCAAGCUCAAGCUCACUGCUAAACGCGCAAAUCUUCGCAAGUUUUUAACAAAAUACGAGAGUGUCGUACAGAAUAUUAUCAAAUUUUUGAACAACACCCAAACCCAAAAACUCAACUCAACAAAAUGCAAGUGGAAAAAGUUUGUGCCGCCAUCGCGCUCUUCGCAAUCUUCGCCAGCGUUGUGGAUGCAGCAGUUUACUCUCAGCCCGCCAUCUUCCUUCCUUCCCAUCCCGGCAAGUGCUUCGACAAGCUGACCCGCAAGGCCCUGCUGCCCGACAAGGAGUACAAGCCGAAGGGCAUCUGCGCGUCCAUGACUUGCAGCCUGGAGGCCCGCGAGAUCAGCAUCGAGACCUGUCCCUAUGUGGAGGCUCCUGGCUGCGAGGAGCUGCCCAGCGAUCCCAACUGGCGGUUCCCCAAGUGCUGUCCGCAGUUCAAGUGCGUCGACUUCAAGACCGGCAAAGACUUUAUCGUCUCGCUGUAGAUCGGCUAAAUACUAUAUAUACCCCAAACGUGAUUUUACAUGAAAUGUAUUCGUAGUUUUGUAAUGCCCGAAAGAAAGAAUGAGAGAGCGACUGUGUGUGUGUUUGCGUGUGUGUUUUUGUGAUUCAUUCCUAAUUUAUUUAUUUUAAUUUGUAAAUAACACAUUAUCUGCAUAAAUCCCCCUACCCCGUCAUGUUUUCACGUGUGAACAUAAUUCAAUUUGUUUUGAUUUAUUCAAAAGUCCCUGUAUGCGAUAUUUGCAAGUAUGACUAAUAACCAUCAACCAAUUAUGUUUAGUCCGUAAAGUUUAAGAGAAGUAAUAAAAAAAUGUGAAAUAUGCAAA